UUCGGAGCAGGAGGUGUCAGGCGGGAGCUCGGGACCGGGAUAUCGGGAGUUGGGGCCGUCACUAGACAGAGAACCCGGACCGCACGGAGCUCACCCGAUACUUUAACCAUGGAUCAGAAGAUCUUUUCAUUAGCAGCAGACGAUAAACCAGAAGGGCUUCAGCAAUGUCUUAAGAGCAUUAAAGACACUGAGCUUGUUAAUAUAAUCACAAAACAUGCAGUUAAAGGAAAAGAGGCUGGGACGCUAUUGCGCGGCAUUUUUAAAGGGUCCCCAUGUUCUCAGGAUGUAGCUGUUCACCGGAGACUUGUGGUUUACAAACACUGCAUACAACUUGUGGAGUCCGGAGAUUUGCAACCAGAAGUUGCUUCUGAGAUUGUGGGAUUAUUAAUGCUGGAGGUGCAUCAGUUACCAGGAGCUUCCCUAAUAGAACUGGCUAAUUUGUUUGUUGAUGCUGUGAAAGGCGGUAAUUUUUCGAAUGGAAAAUCUCUAGAUUUUUUUCCUACUGUGCUCACAGCUCUAUCUUCAAAGGAAAGUCUAUCAUAUGGAAAAGGUGAACUUACUGGAAAUGAAUAUAAAAAGCAGCUUAUAAACAGCCUAUGUUCUAGUAGGUGGGACCCACAGUGUGUAAUUCACCUUACUUGUAUGUUCCGUGAUGUUCCACUGAGCACAGAAGAACUGCAGUUUGUUGUGGAAAAAGUACUAAGAAUGCUGUCCAAGUUAGACCUUCAGGAAAUGCCUCCAUUGGUUUACCAACUGCUUCUGCUUUCAGCCAAGGGAUGCAAAAAAAAUAUAUUGGAAGGAAUAGUCACAUGUUUCAACGACUUGGAUCAGAAGCAAGCAGAGGAGCAGAAGAAUGCACAAUGCUUAGAUUUGGAAGAAGCAACAAUCCCACCAGAUCAACUGCGCCAUGUGGAGGGCACCAUCAUUUUACACAUUGUCUUUGCUAUCAAGCUGGAUCAAGAAUUGGGCAGAGAGCUAGUAAAAUAUUUAAAGGCUGGUCAACAAGGAGACACGAGCAAGAUCCUUUGCCCUUUCAGUGCUGCUUUGUUGCUGUCUGUGUCAAGAAUUCAUAGAUUUGAGGAUCAGGUGUUUGAUUUUCUAAAAACAACUGUUUUGAAAGCGUAUAAAGAUCAGCAAGUUCAGCAAGGGUCAAAGUUUCUACAGGAUUUGGUUCCUCAGCCAAACGGUGUGUCUUCAACAUUUCUGGAAACCGUGAAAAACAGUGGUUACGGAUGGGAUCAUGUUACUCAGGGUCUUUUAGAACUUGGUUUUCUUUUGAUGGAUUCAUGUGGACCAAAGGGGAUUGCAGGGGCAAAAUUGACAGAAACUAUUGCAGUUCCUUUAAAAUCACCCACACAGCAAGCAUGCCAACUAGGAUCAAAGAUCUUACUGGAGACUUUCAAGGUCCAUGAGCCAAUAAGAAGUGAAAUUUUGGAGCAAGUCUUGAAUCGAGUCGUUACCAAAGCAGCUACUCCCAUUGGUCACUUUAUAGAUCUGCUUUCAGACAUUGUUGUUUCUGCGCCACUGAUUCUUCAGAAUUCAUCAUCUAAAGUUACUGAAGCAUUUGAUCACCUGGGCUAUCUACCUCUUAAAACUGUACAGGGCCUGUUGAAAGCUGUUCAGCCCCUCCUUAAAAUCAGUAUGUCUAUAAGGGAUUCACUCAUUCUCGUACUUAGAAAAGCAAUGUUUUCAAGUCAGAUAGAUGCACGCAAAUCAGCUGUUGCUGGAUUCCUGCUUCUAUUAAAGAAUUUUAAGGUCCUUGGGAGUUUGUCGUCCUCGCAGUGCAGCCAAGCCAUCGGUGCCAGCCAGGUACUAGUUGAUGUUCAUACACGCUAUAACUCUGCCGCUAAUGAGGCCUUUUGCCUGGAAAUUCUGGGUAGCCUGAGGAGAUGUUUAAGUCAGCAAGCUGACGUGAGGCUUAUGCUUUAUGAGGGAUUCUAUGAUGUUCUGCGCCGCAAUUCCCAGCUCUCAAGCUCCAUUAUGCAGACUCUAUUGUCACAGUUAAAGCGUUAUUAUGAACCAGAGCCCGAUCUGUUGCCUCCUGUGAAGCUCGAAGGUUGCAUCACUGCUCAUGGAGAGCAGAUAUUUUUGCAAGAACCUCUGGCCCACUUGCUCUGCUGUAUUCAUCAUUGCCUCAGCUGGUACAGGAGCAGUUUACAGCAGCAGAAAAACGGAGAAGAUGAGGAUGAUGAUGAUGAAAUGGGAUGUCAACAAGACCUUGAUGAUAUACUGAUUUCCAUUACUAGGAGAAUGAUUAAAUGUGAUUUAGAGGACUUUGAAUUGGAUAAGUCUGCAGACUUCUCCUUAUCAUCUGGAGUCGGAGUAAAGAACAAUAUUUAUGCUGUUCUGGUGAUGGGACUUUGUGAAGUCCUGAUUGAAUAUAACUUCACCGUGGCAAAUUUUAGCAAAAGCAAGUUUGAAGACAUUCUUGGCUUGUUCAAAUGCUACACCAAGCUGUCUGAUAUCUUAAAGGAGAAAGCAGGAAAAGGCAGAUCAGCUGGGAAUAAUAAAAUGUCCAGAAGUCUUGUUUCAAUGCAUUUUGUUUGCACACUUUUAACAUCGUUAUUCAGAGACAGCACCCGAAGUCACGAGGAAGCUUUGAGUGUUCUUCGAGCAAACCUAGACUUCAUGCGGUACUCUGUUUGUGUUGCUUUGCAAAAACUUCAACAGAUUGAAGAAACUAGAGUCACAGAUGGACCCGAUGGUCAGAACAGUGAAAAAAUGUUCCAGUGCAUCUGUGAAAUAACUCGGGUACUUUUGUGGCGGUACACCUCAAUUCCAACUUCAACAGAGGAUUCCGGGAAAAAGGACAAAGGGAAAAACAUAUCAUUGCUGUGUCUUGAGGGUUUGUUAAAAGCAUUUAACACCAUCCAGCAACAUUAUCGACCCAAAAUAUCACAGUUUUUUGCUGCUCUGGAUGAUGAUGACAAUGAAGAUUCUCUGGAAAGUAAUGUCACGGAGAGGGUUGCUUCUCGUAUUAAGCAGUUUCAAAGAUCUCUUAUUAAUCAACUCAGCGGUGAAGAGGAUGAUUUUAACAGCAAAGAAGCUCUUCUCUUGGUCAGCACGCUGUCUGCAUUAUCUAGACUGCUGGACUCUGCCUCUGCCCAGUUUGUACAGAUGUUGUCUUGGACAGUCAAAGUAUGCAAAGAGAGCAAUUUCGAGGAUGUCCAGCUUUGUAAAGGUCUAAUGAAUUUUAUGUUUAGCCUCCAUGCCCUCUACAAGAGUCCAGUGAGUGUGCUUCGUGAACUCUGCCAGGAUAUUCAUGGGCACCUUGGGGAUAUUGAUCCGGAUAUAGAAGUGGAGACACAAUCACAUUUUGCAAUUGUUAAUAAGAAGACUGCAGCCCCUACUGUCACUCUGCUGGUUUUAGGUCAAGCUGCAAAAGUGCUGGAUGAGGUGGAAUGGUUAAUCACAAAACUGAAAGGACAGCUCGGUUCAGAAAAGAUGGUCUCGGAUGGUGCCUCUCAGACAGUAAAUCCCAGAGAACCGGUUGAAAAGGCCAUUAUUCUUCAGUUGGGAACAUUACUGACUGCGUGUCAUGAGUUGGUCCAGACUGCUCUGCCCUUUGGAAGCUGUACUGAUACGUUGCUGAAGGAGCUGGCAAAGAUGUACACCAUCUUAACAUCUCUCAUCAAAUAUUAUUUGCAAGUUUACAGCACUCAUUCAGGGUCUAUUCCACCUCGCUUGGAAAAGCUGGUUAAACUUUCAGGGUCUCAUCUGACACCGCAGUGCUAUGCCUUCAUCACAUAUGUACAGAAUAGCCAGAAUGAAAGUUUGAGCGCUGCUGGAGAAAAGAAGAAAAAGAAGGAAGAUGCCACUGCUGUCACUACGGCUAAAAUCCUUCGGGACACCAAACCAAUCCCCAACUUGAUUUUUGCAAUUGAACAGUAUGAAAAAUUCCUCAUCCAUUUGUCUAAAAAGUCCAAGGUAAAUUUGAUGCAGUAUAUGAAGCUCAGCACCUCAAGAGAUUUUAGAAUCAAUGCAUCUGCCUUACAAGAAAAGGAGCCGGAGGACGAAGAGAAUGAACUAAACCCUGAACAGUCUGUAGCAGAGGAGGUUGAAAGUCAAGAACCCAAAAAGAAGAGAAGAAAAAGGAAGUAGUUUGAAGUAUAUCCACCCAAUUCCACAGCACUAAGUGUAUACUUUUUGAAGUUAUAAAUGUUAUUUACAUGGAUUCUAGAAUUGAAUCAUUUUGUAUAUUCUUUUACUUCUGAACGAAGGUGAAGAAGGG